UUCCUGGGUUGUAAUAUUACUCCGCUGUGGUAAACGCCGUUGCAACAUUUGGUGUUUUUAUGCAUCCCUAAAACCACGAAAAGAUCAAUAUAGCGGCAUUGGUGCAGUAAAAAUAAGCAUUCAAACGUCAACAGGCCGACACUAGUGUUAUUUCCGGUUUACAAUGUGGACUACGUGACAUGGCGGAUCGACAUUGAGGGCGCUCUUCGCGUUUUCCUUUUUGAGAAAGUGUUCAGAGUUUUGGAAAUAGAGGAGGAGGGUGAACCAUACUGAGCCGGGAUUGAAGGGUCUUGGGGCCAGUAUCACUUUUGAAAGUUUGUCUCGGUAAUUUCCUGAAGUCUCCAACCCUCCAACUGCUCUGGUUUGUUUACAUUUUGUGGCCCAGGCGUGUAUGCGUUGUAUCAGCCAUUUACGAGACAACGCGCUCCAGCUCUUCUGGCAUGUGUUUCGAGACUCGGUUCAGUAAAUAGAAUGUUACCGAGCCGGGCUGGAUCGGCACCAUCUGGAAACGGGUCACCUUCAGGCAGAGGUAACACAGGACACGGGUCGGGGCUUGUCGGUAGCGGGAACCGUCCCGUGCUGGUCAGAGCAGGGCUAGCUUUACCGGGGGUCAGCGAGAGUGCCGGGGCUACCGGGCGACAGGGGCAAAGAGACGCCGUCGGGAUGCUGGGGGCUAAUGGUCCAGGGGGUCCGAGAGGCGCCAGACCGGGGAACGGAACUGGGGUUACUCCUCUACAGACCGCCGUCCAGGGCAACAUGGUGGGGCUAAACGCGGGAGUUGUGUUGCCUCACGGAGCUAGGUUCAACCCGGACAGAGAAAGUGCUCCCAUAUGCAGCGGCUCGGACAAUGACUCUGACUCCGGAGAUGAUGACGACCCCGUGGGUUCACUCGGGGACAGCAGGAGAGGGGUGAAGCGGGAGAGAGGGGAGAUGGAAGCUGCGGUGACGGGGCAGGACGUGGGAAUACCUCCCGGAGGUUACGGCAUGGUACCCGGAGGGGUCGCCGGGGCUAAGCCAGGGAAGAAAACACGUGGGCGAGUAAAGAUAAAGAUGGAAUUUAUUGACAACAAGUUGAGACGGUACACCACUUUCAGCAAGAGGAAGACUGGUAUUAUGAAGAAGGCCUAUGAACUCUCCACGCUGACGGGGACCCAGGUUCUGCUGCUUGUGGCCAGUGAAACGGGUCACGUCUACACUUUUGCCACCCGCAAACUCCAACCCAUGAUUACAAGUGAAACGGGCAAAGCUCUGAUCCAAACAUGCCUCAACUCGCCGGACUCGCCGCCGCGCUCUGACCCCUCCACUGACCAGCGCAUGAGUGCCACGGGCUUUGAGGAGACAGACCUCACCUAUCAGGUGUCUGAGUCUGAGAGCAUGGGCGACAUAAAGGAUACACUGAAACCCACGUUCACGGUAGCUAGCCUACCAGGCAGCACCAGCAGCGCCCAGUGCACCGUCCCCACCACCUCCACCACCAUGCAGGUGAGCAGCGGACCUUCGUUUCCCAUCACCAACUACCUGGCGCCCGUCUCGGCCAGCGGCAACAUCAGUGCCAACGGCACCGUCCUCAAGACCGCCGGCGCCUCAGGAGUCAUGCAGCUGCCCGGGGGCUUCACUUUCAUGCCCGCAGGCACUCCUCUCCCCCCCGGCACCCCCACCAUUCCUCUGAGCCAGCUGCAGCAGCACUCCCUGGCCCUGCAGGGGCAGCAUGGUCAGACCCUGGCUGCCGCCUCGCAGUCACAGCAGGGACAGCAGGCUGUCUUCCGCUUCCCUGCUGCUGUCUCCCUCACAGGAGCUGGGGUUCCCCAGCAGCUCCAGGCUAUCACGGUACACCACAGCACCCAGUCCACCUCCAACAGCGACAGCAGCCUUGACAUCUGCCACACCUCCACAAACUCCACCGCAACGGUGAGUCUCCCGGCAACCAUCGUCACCUCGUCAGUGCCAACGUCUGUUGCGGGUCACAUGAUGUACCCCAGCCCGCACACAGUGAUGUACGCCUCCACGCCGGGGAUGACUGACGGGGGGCUGGCUGUGCUCAACGCCUUCUCCCAGGGCACGUCGACCAUGCAGGUGUCCCACGCACAGGGCCAAGACUCAGGUGCCGUCCCUCAGGUGUUCCUCACAGCGCCUCAAGGCACGGUGCAGAUCCCCGUCUCUGCGGUGCAGCUACACCCAGUACGGCAAGAUCUGCAUUUUACAAAUGGUGAUUGGCCAGCAGUCGAGCGGCAGCAGCAGUAACCUGACGGAGCUCCAGGUGGUCAACCUAGACGCAGCACAGAACUCAAAGAGUGACUGACAGACGGCUGGAGCUGUUUGACAUGGCAGACCCAGGGAGACAGACGGACUAACAUACAUCUCUAUUUAUUGAUGCCUUCCUACAGCGAUUCACAUUACACUUCUGAAUGUGACUUUAAAUUACAUAUAUACACACGAUCAAGGGCAUAUGUGUGGUUGACCCUUAACAGUAUACAAUAUGUUUUGGUAUAUAAAUAUAUAUAUAUUCGCAAAUGCAUAGGAAAAAUAUCACGACAUCCAUCAUUGGAACCUAUUUUCUAUGCCGUUAGAUGGUGUUAUUUUUUUUUUUGUGCGUGCGUGUUUUUGUUGUUUGAAAAUGUGUAAUUACAUGUACACACACACUGCAAGGUGCCACAGCUUCACACCAGCCAAAGAGACAUUUGUUUGUCUGAAUGUUCCAGUGUGAGCAAAUUGUGCACAAACGCGCGCGUGUGUGUGUGCACACGCAUAUCUGGGGUUUGUAAAUGGGCGGGAGACGCUUAUUGACUUAAAAGAGACAUUUGAAAAUGUACAGUUUUUUUUUUUUUUAUUAACUUGUAUUUUUAGCCUGGUUUAGUUUGUGCAACGGCAUGUAGUUGUUUUUUACGUAGUGGUUUUGUAUGUACAUAAAAAUGAUUUGCAUAAAGAAAUGAUUUACAUACGUAUAUGUAAAUUAAUUUAAUAUACCACCAUAUGUUGAUAUACUGUCAUGCUGUCGGGAGUUUUCACUACAAGAUGGAGAAGGAACGCUGGAUGUUUUUCUACAUAUUUGGAUUGGGACAUUUGUAGGAUCAAGUAUCUGGGUCGCAUUGUGUAAAACACAAGAUCUGAUUUACUGUUAACAUCGUUACUCUAGCUGGGAAGGUUUCAGUGCUGCCGACAUCAUUUAGCAUCAGUUUGGCAUGUGAGGAUCUGGCACUUUCUUAGUUUAGAACCUGUUGACUAAUCAGAUGGACAUUUUACUUAACUUUUAAUAUGAUGUAAUUAUUUACAUCUGUGUUGACACACAUUUAAAUACACUUCUGUCAUUUUUAACUCUUAGACAAAGUUAAAAUCCUUAAAGUGAUUAGAACAGUUGGUUCACUUAUUUAUAAAUGCCAACCAACAGGUUGUCAGAUAAAAACAUGAACGUUUAAAAGAUGAUCCAUUGUCUCCACUUGACUGCAGACCUUUUAAUUAUGUGACGCUAUAUCUGAGGAAGCAUGUGUUUUCUUGUCGAGCAGUCAGUUAUUCAGAGCGGUCUCAACGCUGUAGUGUUACAACAGUGAUGAGUAGAAAUAUUUUUGUACGAACAAGGAUCUCUUAUGAAGGAAAAGUUCAGGUGCUUAAAAAAAAUGUUAAUAUACUUCUUGGAACUACAACUUUCGACCCUAGCUGACUGCAAUCUCAGCGCGUACCUCAGCAAUCAUUCAGAAUGAGUUAUUAGACUGAGAGCCUUCUUUCUGCACCAUAGUGCCUCUUUUUCAUGGCUGAUUUCUAAAUCACUGCUAGGCAAGAGAAAUGUAGGAUUUACUUCUUUCCAGACCACCUCACAUGACUUUGGACUUUCAUACAAUCCUCUGCUGUGCCCAGAGAUUUUUUGAGUCAUUUCUACAGAAUUAGCAGGAUGACUGAGCAUGCUGGCUUGAAGCCAAAGAGAAUUGGACAGACCCAUGAUGACUGCUGUUCAGUUGUUCACUGGCAGGAGAGGUCAUUUUCACGCUUGUUCUUCUCUCUUCUUGUACAUGUUGUCAUGUCAUCCUGCAGGCUUGUUUGUGAAGGAAAUUUACAGGUUAAAGACAUUCAAUCCCCCAAUAUUACCUGGUGGUUUUUCAGAUAUAGUAUUUUAAAAGGCAAUUGUUGAAGAGAAUUUGUGGUUUUCACCUUGUCAUUAAGAGAAAUGGUUGUGUGUAUUUUUGUUUUGUUGUACAGACAUUUUGUAAUAAAAAAA